CCUUCUUCUUCUUCUUCUCCUCUCUCUCUCUCUCUCUCUCUAUGGAAUCCAAGGAAUUAUUCUCCACCAAUCUACUAGACGGCACAUUUGCCUCCCAUAUUCAGAGGCAACAGGGUUCAAUACCUUCAGUUAUAAUCAUUGGUGGUGGUAUAUCGGGUGUAGCUGCUGCACGUAUCCUCAAUGAUGCAUCAUUUAAGGUGAUCUUGCUAGAAUCAAGGGAUAGACUUGGCGGACGUAUUCAUACAGACUACUCAUUUGGUUGUCCAGUAGAUAUGGGAGCAUCAUGGCUACAUGGUGUUUGCAAUGAGAAUCCCUUAGCUCCACUGAUACGUGGUCUAGGGCUUACAAUGUGCCGUACAAGUGGUGAUAACUCUGUGUUGUACGAUCAUGAUUUAGAAAGCUAUAUGCUCUAUGAUGUGGAUGGCCAUCAAGUUCCUCAACAUAUAGUCAUUGAAGUUGGAGAAACAUUUAAGAGAAUUCUAGAAGAGAUAGGGAAAGUAAGAGAUGAGCAUACUGAUGACCUGUCUGUUCUUCGAGCAAUUUCAAUUGUGUUGGAUAGACUUCCAGAUUUAAGACAAAAAGGACUUGCCCAUGAAGUGUUGCAAUGGUACAUAUGUAGAAUGGAAGCUUGGUUUGCAGCAGAUGCUGACAUGAUAUCUUUAAAAAGCUGGGAUCAGGAGCAUGUUCUUUCUGGUGGUCACGGGCUUAUGGUGCAAGGUUAUGAUCCUGUAAUAAAGGCUCUUGCAAAAGAUAUUGAUAUACGUUUGAAUCACCGGGUUACAAAGAUAUCCAACGGGUGUAAUAAGGUGAUGGUCACAGUUGAGGAUGGAAGGAUCUUUGUUGCAGAUGCUGCUAUUUUAACAGUACCCAUUGGGGUUCUCAAAGCCAAAUUGAUUGAAUUUGAGCCAAAAUUGCCUGACUGGAAGCUUUCUGCUAUUUCUGAUCUUGGUGUAGGAAAUGAAAAUAAGAUUGCCCUGCAAUUUGAUAAAGUUUUUUGGCCAAAUGUAGAAUUUCUGGGCAUUGUUGCCCCCAGUUCAUAUGCGUGUGGUUAUUUUCUCAAUCUUCACAAGGCAACAGGUCAUCCAGUCCUUGUCUACAUGGCUGCUGGAAGGUUUGCAUACGAUCUUGAGAAGCUGUCUGAUGAGUCUACUGCAAAUUUUGCGAUGUCACAACUCAAGAAAAUGUUUCCUGAUGCAACUGAGCCGGUUCAGUAUCUCGUGUCUCGUUGGGGAACAGACCUGAACUCUCUUGGUUGUUACUCGUAUGACUUGGUUGGAAAAUCUGAAGAUGUCUACGAGAGGCUUCGAGCACCCAUGGGUAAUCUUUUCUUUGCGGGAGAAGCAGUCAGUGUGGAAAAUCAGGGAUCUGUCCAUGGAGCUUACUCAGCUGGAGUCAUGGCUGCUGAAAACUGUCAGAUGCAUCUCUUAAACAAACUUGGUGACAUGGAGAAGCUCCAAUUAGUUUCUCUUAGGAAUGAAAUUCUGAAAGAUGCAAUUCCUCUCCAGAUCUCGAGAAUGUAGUAUCUGCAGUUGACAUAUCUAAGAAAUGAAAGUUUGCUAGUCUUCUUCAAAACGCUACAGGAAACAUAGCUUUCCGUGGCGACAGGGGUCGUCAUUAAUUUCUUUUUAUGUUUUCAUUACAAGUUAAAUCUAAUAGAACUUGGGAACCGAAUGAAAUGUCAAAAAUACUUUAUCCAAAUAACCUUAGUUUAGAAAAAAAUAAAUUGUAAAAACCAAAAAGAAACAAAUGAAAAUGAUGGCUCUAUGGGUGGCCCGGCCUUGCCGAC